GUAUGUAUAUAUAUACACAUAUAUGUGUGUAUGUAUAUCUAUGUGUGUGUAUGUAUAUGUGUGUAUACAUACACAUACAUCUGGGUUGCAUCUGGGUUCCUUCUUUAGCUACAUAGGGAACAGGAGGAAAACAAAUGGGAGCAUGGGGCCAUUGCUCAACAAUUCAGAAGAGCUGGUUACCUGCACCCAAGAGAAAGCUGAACUCCUGAAUGACUAUUUUGCCUCAGUCUUUCCCCCGACCAAGGGGAAAACCAUGCCAGGUAGAGGAGAGGAUGAGCAUGGUAGAAAUAAUUGCCUUCCUACUAUUGCCGUAGAAUUGGUGUAUGACCAGUUAAUAAAAUUAGAUGUAUACAAGUCAGCAGGACCGGAUGAUCUUCAUCCAAGAGUGCUGAAGAAGCUUGUUACCAGAUUAGCCCAUCACUUUGGGGUGUGCUUAUUUAUUAAAGAUAUUUUUCUAGGGUCUUUGUAACUCUGUCAAUGUGCUGCUUGUGUACUAGUGUUUCUAUACGGAGCUGUACAUCUCCCUUCUGCAAGUCUUCACCCCCAAUGGAGCUAUCUUGCAGGACUUGGUUUCAAUGGGGCUGGGUUUCUCCAGUCACCAAAUCAGUCAUACAUGUACAAAUUAAUGUGACACGCCUGACCCAUCUGGGUUGAUCAGCAUGGACAGGCUGACACCCUCAUAUGCUAGGAUUCAGUUAAUUAAGGUAACAAUAAAAUGCAGUCAGACACAAGCACACAGGUAAACAGAAUACCUCUGAAUCCAGCUGACACCCUCAUGGGCCAGCAUUCAGUUCAUUAGGACAUGUCUGAGCCAAACUAGGUCAAUUGGCCUAUACAAGCGGAUCCUCUUAUGUGUUUCAAACUCAGCAUGUCCCAAUCUUUUGCCCUAACUGUCCUAGUAGUGGUAGCCUCUUGAUGAGCAGACCCCACAGUAUUUCUGGGCUUCACAGGGAUCUUUAGCUUAGGUAAAAGAGGCGUUGCUGCAGAGCAAGUGGGGAAGGAGAAGUAAAGGAGGAAACAUACACCCGGUUAUUACCAGUUUGACUAUAAAAGUUAUUUAUUGCUAAAUAUAUGAAAUGUAUAAUGGCACUAGUAAUAAUAGACAUGCAAAGGAAAACAAUCAAAACAAUUACAAUACUACUUUGGUUUCACUGAGUAUUUGGGGAAACUUAGCUCAAGCUUAACUAAUACAAUCCAGGUUCAGAAAUCUAUGCCUAGAGAGAAGAGAAAGAGAGAGAGCGAGAGCUGGGGUCUCACCAGUUCAAGGCACUUGGGUUCCCAUGCUGACAGGUAAUGUUCUUAGCACAAUCCUUGAAGGGAAACAAUCUGUUUCUUCCAGCUUCUCCAGAACAACAGUGGAUGAUGUCAGAGAGAUUUCUCUUGAAGCAUACAGGUUGCUGCUUUUAAAGAUGUUUAUACUCUCAGUUCAGCUUCUUCAAAGCAUUCUUUUAAUUGUGUAAAUUAUUGUCUUUUCUAUUGACAAGGGGUUAACUGGUCUGGAACAUCUCAAGAAACUGAUCAAUAACCAGGAAAACAUAAGGUUAAGGAGUAACCAGACACUUAGGAGCCAGCUUGAAAUUCUUAUGCAUAGCAGAUAUACUGGAUGGGAUACCUCGUUGUUUCUUCAGAAACAAUAGAUAGCUUGCAGCGUCAGUGUUUUGUAUUUUUACUUGUUGUGAACAGGCCUCAGCUUAGUAUGACUUUUCCAGAUCUUACUGUAGUCUUUUAACAGACUUAAGGGAAUUAUUGGAGUGUCCAUAAACUUUGUGGAGAGGACUUCCACCAGUCAUCCUGGAAAAAGUAUGACAGCAUUUGUGGUCAGGGCUCCAAUGGGCUGGACACUGUGAUGAACCCUUUACCAUUGUUCAAAUGUUGCCCAUACCCCCUCUGACUCAGUUCUUUUGCCUCAUCAUUCCCUAACCCUGCAACCGAGUUUUAGUCAAUCAAGUUUAAAUAGGCCUCCCAUAGUGGAACUGGGGAAUGCAUGGCCCAAGAUGCCUAUUAAACUUUACUUCUGCUUAGUUCUGGUUAAAUGAGGUGUGUGAGAGGGGGAAAUAAAAAAAGUCCUUUGUAAAUCCAGAUUAGAAUUGGUCUGAUUAAAUGCUGAGCUUGGUGUGUGUAAAUGUGGGUUGAUUAGCAUUUGGAGCACAGAUUCCCCAUUGUGCAGCAGUCCCCUGCUUCUCUGAUCCCAGAAUUCACUGUGGUCUUUGCUUUGGGCUUUCUGUUCUCCAUCUCCCAUGUAAAUGAAUUGUCAUCUGGUUUCAUCUUGGAUGCAAAUGAGACCUACGACAGUUGUUUCACUCUUGUCACCCUUAUCUGGAAGGCUUUAGGUGUGUCUCCCACUGCAUCUUCAUUGUCUUACAUAAUCAGUUCACGUAGAGGAGGGGAAAAUUCUUUGAGUCAGACAGGGUGGGUCCUGUGCCAGAGUUCCCCAAGAACACAGAACUGAGAGGUAACAAGCUGGCCGAAGUCAUUGCGGAACCCCUGGAAAAACUCUUCCAUAACUCGUGGCACUCUGGAGAAGUCCUUGAGGACUGGAAGAGGGCCAAUGUUGCGCCCAUCCACAAGAAAGGCAGGAGGGAAGACCCAGGUAACUAUAGGCCUAUCAGCAUAACUUUCAUCCUAGGGAAAUUCCUAGAAAAGUUCAUCAAGGAGUCUAUCGGCAAUAAGCUUGCAGAAGGUAAGAUUCUGAAUGACAGCCAGCAUGGUUUCAUCGCAGGCAGGUCUUGCCGUACCAACCUCAUCUCCUUCUAUGACCAGGUAACUCACCACGUGGACACGCAAGAGUAUGUGGACAUUGUAUACCUAGACUUGCAAAAGGUCUUUGAUCUAGUAUCCCACAAUGUCCUCACGAGAAAAUUGGAGGAUUGUGGGCUGAACUCUGAGACAGUCAGUUGGGUGAGAAACUGGCUGCAGGAUAGAACUCAGAGAGUUGUAGUGAACAGAUCUGUUUCAUCAUGGUGAGAAGUGGGCAGUGGUGUCCCAUAGAGGUCGGUGCUUGGUCCAGUACUUCAACAUCGUUAUUAACAAUUUGGAUGCAGGGGUGAAGAGCUCACUGGCCAAGUUCGCAGAUGACACCAAGUUAUGGGGAAGCAUGGUCACGCUUGAAAAUAGGCUACGGUUACAGGCAGACCUAGACAGGCUAGCAAGUUGGGUGGAUCAGAACCUGAUGAAGCUCAACAUUGAGAAAUGUAAAGUGCUCCACCUUGAGACGACCAACCCCCAAGACACCUAUAGGCUUGUCGGCACCAAACUGACUAGUACCAUGAAUGAAAGGGACCUGGGGGUAAUAAUAGGCCACAGUAUGAAUAUGAGCCAGCAGUGCAAUGCUGUAGCUAGUAGGACAAAUAAUACUUUGGCAUGCAUCAAUCGAUGCAUCUCCAGCAAAGCCAAGGAAAUGAUUCUUCCACUCUACUCAGCACUGGUGAGACUGCAGCUGGAGUACUUCGCCCAGUUCUGGGCACCACACUUUAACAAGGACGUGGACAAGUUUGAGAGAGUCCAAAGAAGAGCCACCCUUAUGAUCAGACUCUUAAAAGGCAAGCCAUACAAGGAAAGGCUGAGGGAUCUGGAACUCUUCAGCCUGAGGAAAAGAAGGCUGAGAGGGGACCUGGUAGCAGCUUACCACUACUCUAGGGGAGUACAUCAAGGGCUCUGUGAGCAACUGUUCACCAGGGCACCUGAGGGGAAAACCAGGAGUAAUGGCCACCAUGGGCAGCUGAUGCUACCUUAAUCAAGGGGUUAUGUGCCCCCCAGUGACCAGUUAGUGACUGGGGUGGGGGUUCCCCCUGCUGCCAAUCUCACCAACUGGGGGGGGAUCCCCCUGCAUCAACACUUACCAACCAGCAAGCAGCUGUGCUGCUCCUGAAAGUGGCCGUAGCACUUCUGGAAGUGGUCACAGCCUAUAUCCGGUGCUCACACUCCCUGGCUGGCUCUCACAGGGGGGGCACUGGUGUUCCCGCCUGCACCCCACCCAUUGCCUAAGUGGGGAGCGUGGCUGGUCAGGGUGUGCACCAGCUCUGUCAAGGGGUGCACGUGUACCCCCAUGCACCUCCUACACGUCACCACUGAUGGCUACAAACUCCUGGAAGAUCAAUUCAGGCUCAACAUCUGGAAAAGCCUCUUCACGGUCAGAGUGUCCAGACUGUGGAAUAAGCUCCAUCCAGAGGCAGUGCAAUCACCUUACCCUGGAAAUCUUCAAGAGGAGACUAGACAGUCACCUUGCUGGGGUCACCUGACCCUCAGUUACCUUUCCUGCUUGGUGCAGGGGGCUGGACUCGAUCUUCCGAGGUCCCUUCCAGCCUUACAAUCUAUGAAACUAUGACCGGAGGCGGCCUUUGGCACAAGUCCAAAUUAGGCUCAAACACAUGCCUUUGGAACUUCUCCCACUUGCCUUAUCCAUUCUAUCACCCCCAUUCUAGUCAGGUAGGUUUGCAUUUUAUGUCUGUGUCCAUAAACAGCUCUCCAGGCAGGAAGGUUGUUGAUGCUAAAAUCAUCUCAGGGGGAAUCUGCUGUCACUAUAAUGAUGGGAACUAACCUUUUUGGCAGGUGUGCCACAAAUUAGCCCUACACCCUCCUUAAUUUGAUCCCUUUCUCCUGCCUUAGAUGCUGCUGUGCAGCCUGUCCCAUCCCUGAUCAUCUGUGCACCACACACAGAGGAUGCCCAUGCCACUUGUAGUACCUGUGCCACAGAUUGGCUACCUCUGGACUGUAAUGUGAUACUCUAUAAUAAGUAACUCGUGUUGUUAUAUAUAAAUCCAUCACUUGUGUCAUGAGGAGCUGCCCAUACCAUCAAAGGCCUCAGACAGCACAGUGAUGAGUGCAAGGUAAGUAUCUAUACACAGCAGAAAAGUGUGUGAAGGCAAGUGUGGUAUUCUGCACCAUGGCCCAGCUGAGCAGCUGUGGUGUCUGAUCCUGAGUAGUCAGUUUCAGAUCUAUGCCAAACUAUGCUGUGUUUGAACUGGCUGCUUAUCUUGUAAAUACAGAACCUUUGCCAUUUCAGCCAUUUCUGCCUACACUCCCCAAACCAUCUGAUCUAUCUCUCACAUAGAGCAGGAUACUCUAUCAGUAUGAGGAUGACAGCCUGGAUUCUUUCCUUUGAUAAGUGACCAUGGCAGGUUAGGAACUGUGGCAACAGCUGAUAUUACCGGGCAUAUCCCUACAUAGUAAAGGAUAAGUGGUGCCAUAAUGACAGUAAGGUACUUACCAAUUACCACCAUAGAUAAAAUAUUGAUUCUUCUACCUUUUCUGAGCCCAGAACUGCAAGGUUUAGUCCCUCAUUUGCUUUCCCCACUGGCUGCAAAGAUAAUUGUGGCUUUGGACCUUGAGAAUCUUGAUUUGCCACGAGCCUUUUGGGAAAAAUGGCCAGGAGUUUUGCACAGCUUGGGUGCUUUAAAAUGUCAAAAGCAGCCUUUUUAACUCCAGGUAACACUUGUGAGUGAAGGGGUGAGUCUUACAUCAAGGAUGUGAGAAGAAAUGUACAAAGCCGAGGGAGAGUGUGGUAUUGUCAGUGUGUGUGAGUCUUGUGCAUGUGGAAAAAGUGUGGCACCUAGAGAUAGAAUGAUGCGUCUAGAAAAGGGGAAGAAGACUGGCAUUCAUUAGAGAGGGAUUGUCCACUAAGAAGAGGCCAUAGGCUGAAGGGGACCAUGGUCCCUAAACAUGAGUACCGUGAGGGUACCAGAAGCUCAUGCUCCCAACAGAGUUCGACCAGGAGUUUUUUACAUCCUGUGUGAGGUUUCUGAAAGGUGUGCUCCCUUGUAGACCCCUCCCUCAGCUGGGGACUCCACCUAAUCAGCUUGGCUGAGAAGCAUUGCUAAUUGGCUCUAGCUUCCUGUGGGUGUGAGUUCUGGAUCACGAGAAGGCAACAGUGCUGCCUACUAAUUGAUAUUAAAACCAGUAAAAUUCCAGGUUAAGUCACUCCUCAGAGGGUUUCAUGGAGCUUCCUUCCUUUUCCUUCAACCCAACAGGCUUCAUUUCAGGCAUUCCUGCCUGGAGCUCCCUCCAGCUCUGUGCCCUUCAGUGUCACUCCGCUGCUCAGUGCCAACUUCCAGCUAGCCCUGACCAAGGACUUCAUCAGCAAUGGUAUAGCUGUUCUGACUGGUGCUGCCAGUGUCAAUGUCACAAACCAAGAACCAGCUAAUGACAUUGAACCCGGCAGAUCUGAUUCCUGAGCUUUCUGAGCUCUUCCGAACUUCUAAACCACUUGUGGUAAAAAUUAAGGGUAUGAAUUCCCCACUGGUUUCUCUUGAGAAACAGAGCCCCAAGGUGCAGCAAACUCUGUCCAUUAAGAUCUUAGCACCCAGACAACUUGUUCUACAUGUGGAAGUUGCUGUUGUCUCUGGGAUCCAGUUUUCUCUUGUUGAUGGCAAGCUGCUGAUCUUUCUAUCCCAGAACAGCUUCAACAUAGUCCAGAAUAAGUCACCUAUUGGCUCCAUCAAUGCCCAGACCUUCCAUAGAUGGAUCAAGGACCUUCUCCAGGAUAGGUUCCUGCCAGCCAUGAAUGAUAUGCUCAGUGCAGGGAUCAUUCUUCCUUCUGUGCUAAACACCCAGUGGAGCAAGGUCAGCACUGCUGUUUACCAGGGUGGCCUUGUGAUUUCAAUGUGAUUGACAAAGCCAGCACUACUCUCAAGAAAGCUGAGCAGUCACAGCCUGACCACCAGAAGGAGAACACCAAGAGUGACAUGUUCCAAACCAUUAGACAGGAUUUUCCAGUUCGCUACAUUAAUCUCAUCCAUUCAUCGCCUUGCAGGCUUUUAUGUAUAGAAGAUAGGAGGCCUGAGAGCUCACUCCUACAGAGACCACAUUUCAUAUACCACUUCUAAUAAGUCACCUACAACUGAUCUGCCCUGAGUGAGGUCCCUGUCGGCAAGGGAGGGAUGUGCCUAAGUAUGAGACGGCCUUUUAGUCUCCUGUGUGAUGCCACCUUGUUUAUGAAACACCUCUCUGUUUUGGGCACCUUACCUAAAACCCACGGUUAUUUCACCAGGGCAAAAGCAGAAAAUCUAAUAAAAUAAAAUAUGGAGAUCACACUGGCCCAAGAGCCUUGGAGGAAGAAAGGUUCAAAGACCUGUUUUACUGACAAAGAUGGAUGGGUUUGAAUCAGAUAAUUCUGGUCUGGAUUUCAAACCCCUUCUAUUGAGUGUUGCUUCAGGGUUUUGGGUUACCACAGAGAGAAGGUCCAGAUCUUUAUCUGGGAUGUUCAAGCUGGGAUGAAGGUUAAGAACCAUUUUUGUUUGUGAAUGGUUACCUCUAUAGCCAGUCUAAAGUCAGUAGAAACAAGAGUGAUUCAUCAAUCUGUAGCUGCAGGGGCAGACACAUAGUGGGCCUUCACCCCUUAGUCCUGCCUCCCUCUGCUGAGAUACCAUUUUGGAUGUAGAUACCAGUUCAUAAGUAACUAUUAGAGGCCUAGCAGGGCAACACUGCACUCUGGGCAGCCACAGCACAUGGGGCAGUGCCAGCUGCUGAGGCACUGAGAGCAGCAUCCCUGAAGGAUGUUGCCUGGGGCUGCCAUCCUGGCUGCCCCCACUCAAUUUACCCCACUGGGAGCUGUGCUGAGAUACCAGCUCCUUUCAGAGAGGCCACAUGCAGCCGUCGGCUGUUCCUGUCCAUCCAGCUCAUGUUUGCAGCACUGACUAUCCCUGAAUCUCCUGGGAAUUUUCUCCUUGCUUAAACAUGCCAAGUCCUUUUCACAGGGCUCCUUUGUCAAUGCCAGCAUGACAUUUUGCCCUGAUGUCACCUAGGCAGGGAGCAGGCUGGCUGUCACUCCUGGACGGAAGGACUGCUUCAUUUCUUAUUCAAGAGAUGCAGCAGCAGAUUUCUGAGAGAGCAGCAGAGUUAGCAAGUGACAAAGGCACUGUGGGGGGGGGAAUGCCCUGGAGUCCUGGCUUUUCUGACUUUCCUAACAUUGACUUUACCUCCCACUCAUCAAGCUGCAACAAGCCUCAAGCAGUGACAGACACUUGUUGUGACUCUAUUCCCCUGCUGCACCCUUAGCUCGUGUCAGUAGCAUCUGUGUCUUUGCAGUCACAAGAACAUUCUAUUGAUUUACUCCAGGGUGGGUUUGUAGGGAUGCUGGCAUGGUGGAAGAGCAGAGGAAAGAGAGGCACUGAGGCAGCACUAACCUGGCUGGGUGGGAGCUAGCAUAGUACAUACAACCAAGGGCCUUGCAGUGCCCUCUGAGCUAUAGGCAACAUCCUGCUCCCACAGAAAUCAAUGGCAGCUUGCCAUUGGUUUCACUGGCACCAAGAACUGGCCUUUUUUCACCCCUGAGGAAGUGAAAGGGAACUAAACUAGGCCAAAAUACAAUAAAUAUCAUUGUGCUUUGGCAGCAUCUGGACAAAAUGUCAGUCAGUCGUACUGCCAGCAGCUAGGAGCCACAGCCAGACAUGUGGACAUGACAUGUUUAUACCCAUGUCACUUAUGUACAUUUUGUGGACUGACAUAAGGUAAACCAAUGUCUUGAAGGGACAAAUGACCAGCUCUCACAAGGCAGCUGCUGCAGUAGGUGCCAGUUGGAGUUAAGCCACUGACUUCUCUGGGGCAGGAUGUCACCAGUCUAUGUCCUCUGCAGGGCCAUGUGGGCUGCUGACAUUUACCACCCUGGCACCUGCAUGUGGGCAGUGGCAGGGGCACUCAUGUAUCUCGGCUGCUGGUAAUCUAACCAUUGCAUUAGCUAAUUCUGCUUAGACCUAACUGAUGAGGGGUUAAAAUCCAAUGGCCUGCAGUGUCCGCUUUCCACUAUAUUUCCAUUAUUCCUGUCACUAAAAAGGUUAUACCAGUUGGACAUUUUAAGGUGGCUGGUAUAGACAGGGUGUGCAAGUUGUGUCACAUGAAUUUACACCUCUUGCCAAUUUGCACUUGCCAAGUUUGCAGCCCAUGCACUUUGGUGGGGGUAUUCAGGUCUGAUUCUCAUUCACACUAAUGCCCCUUUACUUGACAUUAAUCCUAUAAAGGGGGCCCAAAACAAGAAGGAAUAACCCCUGGAGCCAUAUGAAAUGACCUUACUAAAGAAAAGCAGCAGAGCAUCAGGCUGGGCACCUCCUGGACACAUGGAAAUAGGAUGUGAAGGACUGUCUCAAAAUCUGAGCACUCUGAUUUUUCUAUUACCACAAAUGUUGCAGAUUCAGAAAUUGCAGAUGCUACCUGUCUCUGGGUCACUGUCAAUUUGUAAAACAGAUGGGCUUGCUGCAUGGACUUCACAAAUGGAAAUGUAGCUUUUGAAUCUGCCUGAAGAAGAAAACAUACACUGUCACCUCAGUGCAGCUGUCAAAGUGCUGCUAGGGGACUCAGGUCCAAAUGGUGUGUGGGGUGAUGGUAUGGUCUGAAGAAAGCAACACCUAUUUGACACUGAAGUAAUUAAAGCCUUUCAUCCAGCUGGAGCCCUCCACACUUUUCAAAUGGAUUAUACAAAUGAUGGAGAUGUCUUUAUAAAGACUUCACUGCUUUUCUCUUCUUUUAAAGGGAAGCUGGCUCUGGGAUGGAGCACAGCUGUAUGCAAAGGGAUUAAGCAGAAUUUUUGGAUAGCAAAUUAAACUAUCUGAGUUUAAUGUUUCUGUUUAAUUUAAUUUGAUAGAUUUACAUGUUGGUGCACAGAACAAGGCAGCCCUGAUAGCAACUGAACAAUAUUCCAUCAGAAUUUCAGGGUUCUUUUUUUAGUGAUGUAGACCCAUAUGCCAAAUCGCAACAGUGUUCAUGGCCAGAUUCAGUGUGCAGGGUCAGGCUGUGGCCAGAUCUGAUGCAGGGGAUCUGGCCAGUGUGUGGGCUGCAGCCAGAGCUGGCAUGUAGGUUGGUUUACAGCUAGAUCCAGCACUCCAGGCCCUGCACUAGAUCAAUCCUACAGACUGAACCCCAUGUGCUACCUGCAGACUAGCCCUGUGCCAACCAUCUGGCCUCUGGGGCCAGGUAGGGUGGUACUAGGCUUUUAGUGGUAUUGUGGACAAUGGACAGCAGCUUUUACAGAAACGAUAGGGAUGACAGUGGCUGUGUCUGAAAGAGCCACAUGAUUUUCAGAUAUCAGUUAGUGCAAACAGGACACUCAAACAAGACACGCAAGUAGUUUUAACAGAGCUAUUGAUUUUCAUGUCUGCCAGAUACCUGUGAUCCAGACUCUAGGAUGUCUUGCAAAUACUUGUUCUGAGCAAGAUUCACUGCAAAGGGUCAAAUAAGCAGUAAAAUAAUCAAUAACACUUGCCUGAAAAUAUCAGGAAAAGAGAUUGCCUGUGAGUCACCCAAAAAGAAAUUCUAUUCCUCAGAAUUGGGUGUCUGUCUGUGCCAGUGGUUAGAAUCUGUCAGCAGGUUUGUCUGGGAUGCUAAACACACCCAAGACUAAAAUCAGGCCAGCAUACUGAUGGCUUCCGUUUUCUGAAGCAAAGAAAACUGAUGGCACCACAUGUGAAAUAUUACCUCAGUGGUAGAAACACACAUCUGUGUUUGCAACCAAACCAAGCUGGGAGAAAAGCAAGUCAAUGCAAUUCCUAUCAGUAACAGAUGCCCAUAACACACAUUGUACGUUCCUGAAGGGCAUUUAGAAACCAGAUCCAUCCUUUCAUACUCUGAAAGAGCAACUUCAUUUUCACAGAAGUUCUAGGUUCUAGCCAAGAAGAGACCCCUGAAGUAUUCUGGGAAGAUCAAUCAAGGCCUUAUGCAAAAAAAUAAGCCCCUUCCCCUCCCCCCCACCUCAAAUGAGUACCUGUCAGUAUUAAAAGCUGGCUCCUCUGUGCUGUUGCAUUUGCUUGUCUAUCUUGGGAUCCAGGAACUUUCCUCCAGGCCAUACCAGUAGCUGCACUAAGUGUUUCAUUACUCAAGGCAAAAUUAGGGAAGAUUAUGCCUGUAGUAGCAAUCUCAAGACUUGACCAUUGUCCUAAUAUCACAACAGCCACCCAUGUCCCCAUGCAUCAACAGCAAAGAUCAACUCUUUAGACUGGGUUAUGAAUUGAGGUUUCAUUCAGUAUUAAAAAUAUUUCCCUCCUGCAUGUAAGUUAUUACCUCAGAUGCUUGACUGAUAUCUUGUAUUCACAAUGCAAUUGAACAUGUACCGAAUCCAUUCAUGCUCAGAGUAGACCCCCCACAAUGUGCUAUGCGUUGUUGUGGGGCAUUUGGAUACUAGACAGCAUCAGUUCAUUCUUUGAAAGUUAACUUUUUUAUUUUUACAGCAGUUGUAUGUGUUUACCAUAUAUAACUCCUCUGGAUAUCCACAAUCAAAUCUGGAGCUGUACUGGUGCCCUGUUCCAGAAACGAUGACGAGAGCUUCCUGCAAGCAGUUUCCAGCUUGAGUUUUGACAAUAAUUUUCACUUUUACCACCUCUACCAGACUUUCUCAGAAAUUCUGGUUUUAUAGGGGUGCUGCUUCAACUAUCAUGUGAUUUACAGACAUGGGUGCAAACAUUAGGAUCAAACAAUGAAGUGAAUGAGUUUUAAGAGACCUAUUGAUUUUCCUGUCUGCCAGGUAAUUGUGAUUCAAUAUCCAUUGUGUUCCAAAAAAACCAAAGCAAAACAAAAAAACCAACAAACCUCAAAACCUUUCUGAUCUCAGUUCAUUGCAAACAAAAGAGUUAACAAAUUGGAAAACAGUCAAUAAAAGAUGGUUUAAAAAGU